AUGCCGCCCAGGGCUGCGACGGGCGGUGAUUGGCUCCUCAUUCUCCCGGGCGAGCAGAAAGGGGCGGGGUUUUCCCCGAAACCUGCGACAGGAGGCUGCCGGAAUCGGUCGUCCUCGCCGCAGGUGCGGGUGGACAGCGCGGAGGAGGGGGAGCUGCCCCUGGCGGCAGCGGCGGAGCUGGCAGCCCAGAAGCGCGAACAGAGGCUGCGCAAAUUCCGGGAGCUGCACCUGAAGCCGAAUGAAGCUCGAAAGUUAAAUCACCAGAAAGUUGUGGAGGAAGAUAAAAGACUUAAAUUACCUGCAAACUGGGAGGCGAAAAAAGCUCGUCUGGAAUGGGAGCUGCAGGAAGAAGAAAAGAAAAAAGACUGUGCAGCCAGAGGAGAGGACUAUGAGAAAGUGAAGCUGCUGGAGAUCAGUGCAGAAGACGCAGAGAGAUGGGAGAGGAAGAAGAGGAGGAAAAACCCCGACCUGGGAUUCUCCGAUUAUGCUGCUGCUCAGUUAUGCCAGUAUCACUGGCUGACCAAGCAGAUCAAACCUGACAUGGAAACUUACGAGAGACUGAGAGAAAAACUUGGAGAGGAGUUUUACCCAACAUCCAACAGUCUUCUUCAUGGAACACAUGUACCCUCCACAGAGGAAAUUGAUAGGAUGGUCAUAGACUUGGAAAAGCAAAUUGAAAAACGAGACAAGUAUAGCCGGAGACGUCCUUAUAAUGAUGAUGCAGACAUCGACUACAUUAAUGAAAGGAAUGCCAAAUUCAACAAGAAAGCAGAAAGAUUCUGUGGGAAAUACACAGCUGAAAUUAAACAGAAUUUAGAAAGAGGAACAGCAGUCUAAUCUCCUUUAGGAACUGUUUUGACUGCCAAAUUGUAACCAUAAACCAGGACUAUUAUCUUUUUAUAAUUUGUAAAGUGUUCUAUGACUAUGUAUUUUCAUGCUUAUAUAUUAUUCACUCAUUUCAGAAAAAAAAAGUCAUGUAUUUAUGUGUUC